ACUCCAUAAAUACAUAGUAGCACUCACCCAACCACCGAGAUCUGUCAUUCACUAAACAGAUCGGCUACUGCGGAUAUCAUUAGGUGUGUGUUUACAAUACAACAUAUGACAGUGGCAGUGGAGUCUGCUUCUGUGACAGCAAAUUUGAGUUAACGGUUUUGUUUUCGUUGAGGGAAGAAGAACAAAUUCAUACAACUAUAUAAUAACUAAAUACAUACUUGCACACAACAAGCUUGUGCAAAGCCGAUCACUGGCUAAAUGAUGACAGCCAAAACUCUGGAGAAAACCCCCGUAUCGCUCAGUGGUUUUGUACACACUCUUCCUGAAAACAUCUACUCAGUGGAUGAGAUCUCCACUACUUUACCAGCCUCCGUGGCAAUCUUUCCAAAUGGCGAUUUAGGAGGGCAUUUUGACCACAUUAGCGGAGUUUCAGGAGAUGGCAUGAUCAAUGGGGACAUGAGUACAGAAAAAAGGUCUCUAGACUUGGCUUACUCCAGCAGCUUCACCCAGCCUACAGCGCCUCGCAAUCAGACUUUCACCUACAUGGGAAAGUUCUCCAUUGACUCUCAGUACCCAGGUAGUAACUGGAAUCCGGAGAGCGUUAUAAACAUCGUCAGCGCUGGGAUCCUGGGCAUGAGUCAGCCUUCCUCGUCGUCCUCGUCACCGGCAUCCUCGGUCUCACCGAACCAUUUCUCCAGCACGCUGAGCUGCUCCAUGGCACAGAACCAGCCCGAAAUGGAUCACCUCUAUUCUCCGCCUCCUCCGUACUCGGGCUGCGGAGAGGUCUAUCAAGACCCGUCCGCCUUUCUGUCCACGUCCACCUGCCCUAUUUCGUACCCCCCUCCCUCCUACUCGUCGCCCAAGCCAGCUUCGGACAGCGCUCUCUUCCCCAUUAUCCCGGACUACUCUAGCCUGUUUCAGCCUCCGUGCCAGAGGGACAUCCAGUCUGUCCCUGACCGCAAGCCUUUCCCAUGUCCACUGGAGUCAAUCAGGGUCCCACCGCCUCUCACCCCUCUGAACACUAUAAGGAAUUUUACGUUAGGAGGGCCAGCUGCAGAUGGACCCAGGCUGCCAGCCGCUUACAGUCCUCAGAAUCUACCCCUGAGACCUAUCCUGCGGCCGAGGAAGUACCCGAAUCGCCCCAGCAAGACCCCUGUCCACGAGCGGCCGUACCCAUGCCCAGCGGAAGGCUGCGACAGGAGGUUCUCCCGCUCUGACGAACUGACCAGGCACAUCCGAAUUCACACCGGGCACAAGCCCUUCCAGUGCCGGAUCUGCAUGAGAAACUUCAGUCGCAGCGACCACCUCACCACCCAUAUCCGCACGCACACCGGCGAGAAGCCUUUCGCCUGUGAUUUCUGCGGCAGAAAAUUCGCCAGGAGCGACGAACGGAAGAGGCACACGAAAAUCCACCUCAGACAGAAGGAAAGGAAAUCGGCGUCGGUAGCCCCGACAAACACCGGAGCUCAGAAUUCAGAAAGGUCGGUUAGUAUUAGCACAUCCUCUGGGGGCGUUUGCCAAACAGGUACCAACCAGCUUUCAGCGUGUCCCUCCAGGGCGGUCUAAAUACGUAACAAACACUAAUACAUCUACAACAUCAAUAACGAUAAGGGUCAUGUUCUAAAAGGAAGAGUACUUGAAUGUUUUUUUUCUUCUGUAGAGAUUUUGGAUGUUACUAAAGCGCGUGAAUAUGUCCUGCGCUGGAACAAAAUGUCAGACCCGCAUCAUCUCUAUAUUAAUGUGCACUUUUGAGUUGCAGUUUAGCCUGCUGUAACUACGGCGCGCCUUGCUCUGUUUCCUUGGUUUUACUACAGACCACUGACUGAUACGCACUUUGCUGUUUUAAGUAUGUUAAACUUUUUUUUAUGAGCUUAGAAGACAAUUGACGUCUAAAAGUGUUUAUUUUUACAAGGGCAAAAGUUAAAAUUGCUUAUUCUACUUACUACCUAACAGUGUUUUCAUACGUGUCUUGCUAUAAUAACUAAUAGUUUUUUCUGUGUUCUAUGAUAAAUUGUCCCUAUCAGCCCUUGAUCUGAACCGGAGGAGUCUCGGAAUGAAUAUGAAAGGGAAAAUAUAGAUUUGCAAUAAUUGUGAAUACAAAUAUUUUAAGUUAUUUAAGAGGUCAAAUGUGUUGGUGUAAAAUUGCUUGUUGAUUGUUUGCUUUCCCGUUGUGCCUUGUUUUGCUAGGUCAUCUACAUCUUUAUUUGUACAUAUUUCUAAGGACGUUUUCAACCAAGCUGUAUAAUAUUCAAGCCGUUUAAUAUUUUUUAGAAUUAUAUAUUUUUGUACGCAUUGUUUUGUGUCAUUUUGAAAAGUGCUGCAUUUGUAGUAAAGAGAGAAUGUAAAUACUUUAUUACUCACGCCGAUGUGACGUUUGUUUGCCCUGAAUGUUUAAUAAGACUGAAAUCAAUGUAUUUGGUACAAAACCACUAACGAAGGUCAGUCACAGCGGAUGUGUAUUGUUUUAUUGUCAAUUAAAAAAUAAACGAUUUUGACCAGUA